AUGUCGCAUGUGGCGCGCGUAGCUCUGACAGGGACUGCGGCCGCGGAUCCGGCCACCGUCGGGCCGCCGGGGAUGCGCCACGGACGGCCCUGGAAUAGCAGCCAUCGCGCGCACAUGCAAGAGACUGCCUCAUUGCCGCAAGGCUUGCAGGUCCCUGGCUACGGGACGGCGACCUUCGACCUGAAGCACGAGAAGGCCGCGGGCGACCGCGAGCCGGUGCAGGCGGCGGAGCGCUCGUUCGUCGAGCGCACCGCGUCGCGGAAGGAGGAGCCGACGGAGGAGCAGAAGGAUGCUCGGACCGCGGCUCGCAGGGCCAAAAAGGCCCGGCAGAAGGCGAACAAGGCGGAGAAGAAGGCUGCGGCGGCGGCUGCGAGCGAGGCCGAGCGUGCGGACUACCCGCACGCGCAGCUGCGCGAGAACGUCGAGAUGGUCGCCUACUCGCUGCCUCCCGAGGGGGGUAGCGGGUUCGGCGACCUGGUGUACGCCACGGUCCCUCUGGGCUCCGUGGCGACGAAGGUCGCCCGGGACUGGCUCGCCAACGAGCUCCACGAGCCGUCCCGGCGCGGCAAAAUUGAUGCGGCCUGCAGGGACCGAAAGGUCGCCGACCUGAUCACGGCUGCCGGCGCCUCGGCGCCGGCCGACGCCGGCAGGAUAGCACUAGCAUAUGCGCCUAGCGCCGAUUUUUUCGGAUUUUUUAACGAUUUUUACUUGUUUUCAUGGGAUUUCGGCGAACUUGCGGCCACUUGA